UCAAAAAGCGGUGACGAUCCCUGUGGCAUCCAAUAAGAUUCCAAGAGGUCAGCGAGGUUACCCAAUCAGACUGACGUAGGUCGAAAGUGGAACCCAAUCAAGUUUAAGAAAAUGCGAGACAGCGCCCACGCGGCAAAUUCUGCUUUUUAAAGCUACGGCUGUAGUUUUUGUACUUUUGUGCAAAGCUAAGCCGGGCAGCCCUAGGGUUGGAAGUGGGAACCGAGCAGGGACAAAAAAGAUUAACAUAUAACGAGGGAAUACUACGAGUCAAAAUAGUCUUUUUUUUUUUAAGCCACAUUGAUGUGUAGAUACAAAUAUAUAUUUUUAGAAUUAAAAUAGAAAGUUCUGAUAUAGUCAGAAAAAUAGAAAAGGCGGACUUUUUAGGAGGGAACCGGUUUACAUGGUUUGAACAAAAUACGGCUAAGUAUCCCUUAUAAAGACUUAAUCUUGUAGUUGUGUUCGUUUUUCUGAAACCCAAGCAAAUUAAAAAAAAAAAAAAGGACCUUUCUGCACUGACUGUACACUUAAUAGGUUCCUGCUCAGUUAAGUUUGUGAAUUUAAAAGUAACCUGGCCAUGUACUGUCAGGAGAGACGAGUUCUCGUGGAAAUUCCUACUCCUCAGCCAAAAACUUCAGCUGGCAGAAGGAGGUCUUAUUUGGACACACUGAGUUACAGGGGGGCAUCCACACCCAACCUCAGAAACAACAGCAUGCCAUCUAACCAAGACCUUUAUUCUGAAAGCUCAGAUAGCAGAUUGUCUGAUGAUGGCUUUGAAUCCUCCCCGCAUGUUAGUGAACAUUUUGAAAGAAGGCAAAGGCUGGCUUUUUAUUCCCCUGCCUCUGAAUUCCAAGUUAGCUCGUGCUCUAUUAUUGAACCCUCUUUGAAGAAACAAAGGAUUAGCAACAAGGAAGAAAUGGGACUGCAGUUUCAAUUGGAGGCUCUCUCCCAGCAGCAGCUUGUGGAACUAGUCAACUCCCUGGUGACACUGGAAGAGCAAGGGCAAAAGACUCUUCCAUUCACAAGCCUGAAGCCAUUGCAAGAGGAAUUGCAGCUGAAAAAGGCAAAUGUAUACAGAUCCAUCCCUUACACUCGGCUGGGUUCAAACAGAGAUGCUUACUGUUACAGAAAGGCAUGUCCUCAACUAUUGGCAUUCAAGAAAACUUGUAUUGGAAGGGGUGAACUGCUGUUGCAGUGUAAUCUGUGGGAAUCAGCGCUGGAGUUUGUGCUGAAUGCCUGGAGGUUCACAAGUGAACUUCCCCAGUGGGAGACCAGCAGCCACAACAGAUGCAAAGAGGAGUGCUUUAGUGCAUUAGCAGCCCAGUGUACAACAGCCUUACAACAAAGUUCAAUUGGAAUGAAGAGGGCCAUUGAACUAAAGAGAAGGUUAAAAAUUGCAAGAACUCACAGUAAGCUGAUCAUCCCCUGCAUUCAAAAACUGGACAGCAUUAUUGAAAACCUCCAGUGCCACACUGCAGAAACGGAAUCUGUGCUUUACUGACGUAAUACACUUUCUUAAACUGUCAGGUUAUUUGAGAAUAUAUUUUGUACACUGUACAAAUUUACAGUUCUGCCAUACUGUAGCAAUGGAAACUUCAAAAACAGUGUUCCGUUUGAGCUUCCUGUAUGGCAUUGGACCUGAAGCAAGUACAACUACACAAGGUUUCUUCCUAGUCAAACAAGAGAUGUUUACAGUUUAAAACAAACCACCCAAAAAACUUAAACUUUAACGUGGAUACUUUGUAAAUUGCAAUCCCCUUUCCUUGCAAGAUUGCACAUUGUUACUGAGAAACUUGAACUUUUGAAUUACUGUAUUUAUAUUUAAAAAAAAAAAUCC